GACCACUAAAGCGUGCGGUUGACGACGCGGUUAAACGCGGCUAAAAAAUUACAAUUUCGUUAUUUUCAGUGUUUUUGCUAUAUCUAACAAAGUGAUGCCAAUUCUACUCGCAAAUAAUAGGCAAAAAAUUACAACACAGACACAUAUAUAGAAUUGUGAGUUAUUGUGAAAAGUAUUGUGAGAAGAAAAAGAAGAAGCACGAGCUAAAAAUAGAAAUAAAAUCGAAAAGAAAAACAAAACCAAACAAAGCAAAUAAAAAGUCAACGUGUAAAAAAAUUUGAAGAGCAGCAUUAACUGCGCUCACAGCAUCCGAACUAGCGAACUGUACAGCAAUAUGCCGGCCUUAAAGGCCAAGCAGCAACAAAAACAAACACAUCAACAGCAAUAUGAGCUAUCGCUACAACAACUGCAACAAACAAAACAGCUGCUGCUGCUAGAAGAGCAAAAAUACGCGCAAACCAAGCAAAACCAAGAAGUUAAGAACUGGUUCUUACCAUCGAAAGCCACUACAAUAACAGCACUGGUCACUACUAAACCAAAAACAACCAUAAUUACCGCGAUGAUCAGUAGUGGCAAAAAAAUGAGCAUUAACGGUGGCAGCAUCACCAGCAACAGCGGCAGCGUCAGUGGUGUUCGCCGUUGUUGUCGCAGCAAACGCUCAUCAUCGCUACUCACCAUUGCGCUGCUGUUGCUUGUCUCUGUAUUCGCUGUCGUCUCGGCAGCCGGCAGCAAUGGUAACGGCGGUGGCGCAUCUGUGCGUACCGGCGCCACUAAUUCACGUCUGCCCCGCACGAGUGCAAGUCAGCUCAAUAGCGGCAGCAAUGGCGGUCUAGGAGGCGGUGGAGUUGGCGGUGGCGGCAGCAGCAACAGCUUCAAGUUGGCCGCAAAAACGCUAAACAACACACGCAACGGAAAUUUGCGAACAAG